UGUUCUCGCGUAUUUACAAAUGUGAACGGGAACAGAUUAUUGUUUUGGAAGGUGGUUUACUAGCAAAAAAAGCGUGCUGUUUUUCGAAAAUUGACCCGACAUGACUGCUACCAGACCGCUCGAGAUGGAGCGGCCAAGACACCAUCCGUUUCUGAUCGGUGUUAGCGGAGGAACUGCCAGUGGCAAGUCAACAGUAUGUGCCAAAAUCAUGGAGUUGCUGGGCCAGAACAAGGUGGACCAUCGUCAGAGGAAAGUGGCCAUCAUCAGCCAAGACAGCUUCUACAAAGUCUUGACACCUGACCAGAAGGCCAAGGCACUCAAGGGCCAGUACAACUUUGACCACCCAGAUGCUUUCGACAACGAGUUGAUGUACCAAACCCUGAAGGAUAUUGUGGAGGGGAGAGUGGUGGAGGUGCCGACAUAUGACUUUGUCACGCAUUCGAGGCUGCAGGACAGGAUAACGGUGUACCCGGCUGACGUGGUUCUGUUUGAGGGGAUCCUGGUCUUCUACUCUCAGGAAGUGAGGGAUAUGUUUCACAUGAAGCUCUUUGUGGACACGGACUCUGAUGUCAGGCUGUCUCGCAGAGUUCUGCGGGACAUGAAGAGAGGCAGAGACCUGGAGCAAAUCCUCACCCAAUACACGAUGUUCGUCAAGCCAGCCUUCGAGGAGUUCUGUUUGCCUACCAAGAAAUAUGCAGACGUCAUUAUUCCUCGAGGAGUUGACAACAUGGUGGCCAUCAACCUCAUUGUGCAGCACAUCCAGGACAUCCUGAAUGGGGACCUCUGUAAGUGGCACCGUGGAGGAGCGGUCAACGGGCACAGCCGGGGCUUCAAGCGGGCCAUCUCGGAGCAGGGGGACCUGGCCAACGGCACCUCCAACUUCCCCCCGGGGAAGAGGGUCCUACUGGAGCCCAGCAGUCGCCCCCACUGAGACAAAAAUCUGUCAGUCUGUCUACUAUAUACAGUGGGGAAAAAAAGUAUUUAGUUAGCCACCAAUUGUGCAAGU